CGGAAGUCACAGUCAACCUGUAACAGUUGUGAAUGACAUUCGUACCAAUAAUUUCUCUUUUACAGUCAUGAACGAGAAAUUACUUUGAUUUCAACGAGAACCAUCAUAAAUAAAUUGGAUUAUCUUGCAAAAUGUCUGAAAAUACAAACCUACAGGAUGCUGAUGGCAAAGUCAGCAGGGUGAUCCGUGUUGGCACCAGAAAAAGCCAGCUGGCUCGGAUUCAGACAGACAGUGUUGUAGAAAAACUCAAGGAGCUACACCCUGAUGUGCAGUUUGAAAUAGUGGCUAUGUCAACAACAGGAGAUAAAAUACUUGACACAGCUUUAUCCAAAAUUGGUGAAAAGAGUCUCUUCACAAAGGAACUGGAAAAUGCUUUGGAAAAAAACGAGGUGGAUCUGGUCGUGCACUCUUUGAAAGACUUACCAACUGUUCUUCCUGUGGGCUUCACUAUCGGAUCUGUGCUGAAGCGAGAAAACCCCCAUGAUGCUGUUGUCUUACACCCCAAACAUAAAGGCAAAUGUCUAGACUCUCUAGCCAACAAGAGUGUUGUAGGGACCAGUUCACUUCGCCGGGCCGCACAGCUGAAGAAGAGAUUUCCUCAUCUGGAAUUUAAAGACAUUAGAGGUAAUCUCAACACUCGUCUAAAGAAGCUGGAUGAAAAGGAUGACUUUUCAGCCAUCAUUUUAGCAGCAGCUGGUCUUCGCAGAAUGGGCUGGGAGAAUCGCAUCAGCCAGAUACUUGGGCCAAAUGACUGCAUGUAUGCAGUUGGACAGGGCGCUCUGGCAGUCGAAGUGAGAGCUCGAGACCAGGACAUCCUGGAAAUGGUGUCAGUAUUAAACGACUCGGACACUGUGUUGAGAUGCAUCGCGGAGAGAGCCUUCCUCAAACACCUGGUAGGAGGAUGCAGUGUUCCAGUUGCUGUUCACACUGAAGUUAAGAAUUCACAGCUCUACCUGACUGGAGCCGUGUACAGUCUCGAUGGUUCAGACAGUCUGAAGGAGACCAUGCAGACAAGCAUCAGCUCUGACAAGCAGGAUGAGGAGCAGGAGAAGGUUGACGAGAAGGUUCAGCGUGUGGGCAUCACCGCUUUAAAGGUGUCAGAAGCAGCCCAGGACGCCGCAGUCAAGUUAGGAGUGGAUCUCGGAAAUCUGCUGCUCAGCAAAGGGGCCAAAGAGAUACUGACUGUAGCCAGACAGCUUAAUGACGCACGAUAGGUAUAUAAUAUUCCAUAUCCGUAGCUGAAGACCAACCACCCCCUUCCAGAAGUAUUUUUAUAGAUUUCACUGUCAACAAGUGUUUUUGUGUCAUCCUAUGGCCUUUAUAUUAAGAUAUUGGUUAGUUUUUCACAGAAGAUUUUUCCUUGUAUUUACAGGAGAUUAAUGAAGGUCAGUUUGCAGUUACUACCUAAAACAGACUUGCAGUAUGAUGCAAAAUAAUAAUGCCAAAAUAUUUACUGAGGCACUGGCAUUCAUGAACAACAUCUACAUUAUAGAGAGCUAAUAGACUGAUAGAUAGAAAUUAUAUUUGCACUCAUAUUAAGCCAUGAACACACAAUCAUGCCUUUUAAAAUGGUGUGUGUUGUAUCUAAACACAUGCUUGUUUAAAACUUGAAUUAUUCUGGGGUGGACAUUUUCUGAAGCUGCUUGAAGUAUAAUCUACAUAUUACCUUCACUGACUAUACAUGUAAAUAUGUAUAGCAUAAUAAUCUGUGAACCACUACAAAACUUUUCGUAUGAUUUAAUCAGCUGUUUUUUUCGUAGAUGUAGAAUAGUCAAAUGAUUCCAUCUUAUUCCAUCUUAGACAUUUGCCACUGAUAUAUUUUAAGCGUUUGUUAAGUGUUGUCUUUGAACCCUUUAAAUGAAAUCUAACAUCAGUGCCUGGAAACUCAAAAUGUCAUCUCUGCAAAUAUGUUUUUUUAGUAUUAUUAUCUCAUGGUCGGACAAAGAUGUGAAUUUUAUGGAGUUUGUAUGCACUGCCUCAGCUUUUCCAUUCACUCCACUCAAAUACCUUACAUUAUUCCUUACUUUAUUUAUUUGGCUAAAUGUCUUUGCUGGACAUCCUCUUGUGCCUGCAUUUGUAUAAUGAAAAAUUAUAAACAUAGCUAGUAUUCUUUUGUUGUGAUUAACACUGAUUUUUUUUUUUUUAUGAUUUAGAGCCAUAGUUUAAAUCAUAUCAUGUUGAAUACAAGAUUCUUAGAAUGUAAUAAAAUAUUCUAUAAAAUACAUUCAGUUCUUCAUUUUAGUUUAGUUUUAUGGCCAUUUCAGGCGAGUCAGGGGUGUACUUGUAAACUCUGAAUAACUGAUAGCAUUAAUAUUGUUUGUCACUACUUUGAAAUAAGGCAUCUGCAUUUACAUAAAACAGCGCAUUUUGUAAGUUUGGAUGUUUUAAGAGCUGAGUUGUUUGGUUUUAUGUACUGUAUUUUCCAGUCCCAAAUAAAGCAAUAUGG